AUGAGGUUGCUGCUCAUCUCAGCAACCCUUCUUCUGUGCUCCGUCCCAACGUGGGCCUUCUCUCUGUCUUCGUUUUUCGGCAGCAAUGCUCCGCAGGUAAGGAUCCCGCUGAGCGUGGCCAACGCUCAUUUCUGCCGUCUUCCAGAAGCCAUACCUCCAUCCUCUCUCCCCGCCGGAGCGUGAUCCGGCGAGCUCAAGGAUGAAGAGACAGGCAUAUCAGGUGUACGUUGACGGAGACGUUUCGGUUACUGUGGACAAGUCUGGACAAAAGGAAACUGGCAACUGGGGACCGUGGGUUCCAGAGAACCAGUGCUCCCGCGACUGUGGAGGAGGUGUCAAGCUCGAGAAGAGACAAUGCAGGUUAGUGAUUACGGUAGAUUCAGUAGAAGGUCGUUCCUCAAUUAUUCUUCUUCUUGUCUCGUCAUUGACACGUCUCCUCAAAUCAUAAUUUGAUAAUUGAAUUAGACAUUUGAAUUCAAUCAAAUCUCCUUCAAAUUCUGCUUGUCUGUUAUCAUCAGUUUAUUUGCAGCGGACAGUGCACUGGUGCUUCCGUCCGUUACAUCUCUUGUAACCUGGAGCCAUGCACCUCUGGCGGCGACUUCCGUGCCGAGCAGUGCUCAAAGUUCAACGAUGAGGCUCUCGACGGAAACUACCACAAGUGGGCGCCGUACAAGGGAAAAAACAAGUUAGUUUCGGAAACUUCUCUACUCUCCACGUCCCUGGCUGUUUAGGUGCGAGCUGGUGUGCAAGCCGGAGUCUGGAAACUUCUACUACAAGUGGGCUGACAAGGUGGUCGACGGAACCAAGUGCGACUCCAAGAGCAACGAUAUCUGCGUCGACGGAGAAUGUCUGCCAGUCGGAUGCGACGGAAAGCUCGGCUCUUCCCUCAAGUUCGACAAGUGCGGAAAGUGCGACGGUGACGGAUCCACUUGCAAGACCAUCGAAGGACGUUUCGACGAGCGCAAUCUGUCCCCAGGAUAUCAUGAUAUCAUCAAGCUUCCGGAGGGAGCCACCAAUAUCAAGAUCCAGGAAGCCAGAAAAAGCACCAACAACUUGGCUCUCAAGAACGCUUCCGAUCACUUCUACCUCAACGGAAACGGAUUGAUCCAGGUCGAGAAGGAGGUCGAAGUCGGAGGAACCAUCUUCGUUUACGACGACGCCGAGCCAGAGACUUUGACCGCACAGGGACCGCUCAGCGAGGAACUGACUGUCUCUCUCCUGUUCAGAAAGGGCUCUCGCGACACUGCCAUCAAGUACGAGUUCUCGAUUCCGUUGGACGAGGAAGUCGACUACAUGUACAAGUUCGAUUCGUGGACUCCGUGCUCCGUGUCCUGCGGAAAGGGAGUGCAGACCCGUAACCUCUAUUGCAUUGACGGAAAGUCGAAGGGACGAGUCGAGGACGGACUCUGCGAGGAGAACAACGCCACAAAGCCAGAGUUCGAGAAGAGCUGCGAGACUGUGGACUGUGCCGCCGAGUGGUUCACCGGAGACUGGGAGUCCUGCUCGUCCACCUGCGGAGAUCAGGGACAACAGUACCGUGUCGUCUACUGCCACCAGGUAUACGCCAACGGACGUCGCGUCACUGUCGACGACGGAAACUGCACCGUCGAGAGGCCGCCAGUUAAGCAGACUUGCAAUCGGUGAGUAGGCAAGAGAUUGCCAUAAACAAAACUCUUUUGUGUGAUUUGUUUAUUCCCCGGGAUCGCUGGUCUCUGUGCGAUACCAAUGCCAGAUGGCAGUAGAGCAGAAUGCGCCCGUAUAAACAAAUCGUUUGCAGAUUCGCCUGCCCGGAGUGGCAAGCUGGUCCGUGGUCGGCCUGCUCCGAGAAGUGUGGAGACGCCUUCCAGUACCGAUCGGUCACUUGCCGCAGCGAAAAAGAAGGAGAAGAGGGAAAACUUCUGGCCGCCGAUGCGUGCCCGGCUGACGAGAAGGCCAAGUAUGAAACUGAGAGAACUUGCAAUCUGGGACCGUGCGAGGGACUCACUUUCUUGACUGGAGACUGGAAAUUGGUAGGGAACUGAAAGAGAGCAUACAGGGAAACCGUUGAAUGAUUUCAGUGUACUCGUUGCAAUGAAACCGAGGAGACUCGUGAGGUCACUUGCAAAGACACCCAGGGAAGAGCCUACCCGCUCGAGAAGUGCCUCGCCGACAACUCGACCGAACUUCCAACUGACACCAGAUCUUGCGCCACCCAGCCACCAUGCAACUACGAAUGGACCGUCAGCGAAUGGAGCAAGUGCUCCACGGAGUGUGGACACGGACACAAGACCCGUCGUGUCAUCUGCGCCAUCCACCAGAACGGAGGACUUGAAGUCGUUGACGAGGGACACUGCCAGGCUGAGAAGCCGGAAGGAAAGACCAACUGCACGAACGAGGAGAAGUGCACCGGAACGUGGUACGCUUCUUCGUGGACCGAAUGCACUGCCGAGUGCGGAGGAGGAUCACAGGACCGUGUGGCCGUCUGCUUGAACUACGACAAGAAGCCGGUGCCAGAGUGGUGCGAUGAAUCCGUGAAGCCAGUUGAGAAACAGGACUGCAACAUCGACGCCUGCCCAACCUGCAUCGACUCCGAGUUCGGAUGCUGCCCAGACAACACCACCUUCGCCACCGGAGAGUUUAACUUCGGAUGCUCAAAUUGCUCGGAGACCGAGUUCGGAUGCUGCGCUGACAAUGUGACCAUAGCCACCGGAGCCAAUUCGAAGGGAUGCGAGGAGUUCGUCGAGUCCCCACUCAACCUUGAAGCUGACGUCGCCGCCGCCGAAGAAUCUUCUGGAGACGCCCCGAACGCCGACAUUCCAGAAGCCGGACUUUGCAGUGUCACUAACGAGAACGGAGAGGCCGCCGACGUCGAGUGCGCCACCAUUGCUCCAAUCGCCACCCUCCUCGAGGGAGAACUCCUCGGAAACGAGACUGAUGUCUCCAACGCCACCAUCCACUGCUCGAAGACCGAAUUCGGAUGCUGCCCAGAUUGGUUCACUGCCGCUUCUGGAAAGGGUAACGAUGGAUGCCCGUCCUUCACUCUCGGAGGCUGUAACGAGACUCAAUUCGGAUGUUGCCACGACGACGUCACUCUUGCCCGUGGAGCCAAUCUCGAAGGAUGCGGAGAGCCGUCUUGCGCGGCCUCCCUCUACGGAUGCUGCAAAGAUCGCAAGACCAUUGCCUUCGGACCCCAUUAUUCUGGAUGCGAGAGAUCUUCGUUCCCAUGCGAACUCAGCGACUUCGGAUGCUGCCCAGACGGUGAGACUGCUGCCCUCGGAAAGAACGGAACCGGUUGCGGAGAGAACUGCUUAACCACCAAGUUCGGAUGCUGCCCAGACGGAAAGACUACCGCCAAGGGAUCUCAUAACGAGGGAUGCGGAUGCGAAUUCGCUCAGUACGGAUGCUGCCCUGACGGAAAGUCAGUUGCCAAGGGAGCCGGAUUCUACGGAUGCCCAGAGAGCUGCGCCCAGAGCCAGUUCGGAUGCUGCCCAGAUGGAAAGACUCGUGCUCGCGGAGAGAACAAGGAGGGAUGCCCGUGCCAGUACACCAGAUACGGAUGCUGCCCAGACGGAGAGACGACUGCUCUCGGACCACGCAACGAUGGAUGCGAUAACUGCCGUUAUGCCAAGCACGGGUGCUGCCCAGAUGGAGAGACGAAGGCCCUCGGACCAGAUGGAGCCGGAUGCCCACCGACCACCACUCCACCAUUCCUCAUGGGAGGAACCGUCGCCCCACACAAGAUCGCCGCUUGCAACCAGUCGAGCGACGCCGGAAACGUUUGCGGAGCCGGAUACAGACUGACCUGGUACUAUGACGCCACCGAGGGACGUUGCUCUCAGUUCUGGUACGGAGGAUGCGGCGGAAACGAGAACAAGUUCGCAACCCAGGACAUGUGCGAGACCAUCUGCGUCGAGCCGCCAGGAAAAGGAAGAUGCUACCUGCCACGUGUCGAUGGACCACUUCGUUGCGACUCUCUCCAGGCCAGAUACUACUACGAUCACUCUCAGAAGCACUGCGUCGCCUUCUGGUGGAGAGGAUGCCUCGGAAACGCCAACAAUUUCAACUCUUUCGAGGAAUGCUCCCUCUUCUGUAAGGACGUCGGACCGUACACUGAGCCGACCACUGCCGCCCCACCACCGCCGCCAAGAAACAUCCAGCAGUAUGCUCCGACUCCGGAAUCUCAGCAGAUCGACAUUGUCUCUGCCGAACAGCCACAGCAACAACCACAGCAACAACCACAGCAACAGCCACAGCAACAGCCACAGCAACAGCCAGCCGCCGCUUCUCCACCACAGCAGCCACGUCAGUCGAUGGAGGACAUUUGCCGUUCCCGUCAGGACGCCGGACCAUGCGAGACCUACUCGGAGCAGUUCUUCUACAACGCCUUCAGCCAAAAGUGCGAGUCCUUCACUUACGGAGGAUGCGGAGGAAACCUCAACCGCUUCCGCUCAAAGGAGGAGUGCGAGCAGCGCUGCUUCUUCGUCCACGGAGGAUCUCCAUCCCGCGGGGCCGAGUCGGCUCAGCCAGCUCUCCCAGCCCAGAACAUCGUCUCCCCACCACAACCCGGAGCUUCCCAAGUCGUCAUUCCAUGUAAGUCAACUUUUCAGUUACAGGUCUUGGGAUCGUAAUAAGUUCUCAGUUUAUGUGCACGUUAUUCUUUUGCAUCCCCGUCUGUUUCAGCGAACAACAAGCAGCGCGAGGCAUGUCAUUUGAACGUCGACCAGGGACGCUGCAAGGGAUCCUUCGACUCGUGGUACUACGAGGUCGCCACCGGAUCGUGCGUCACCUUCAAGUACACUGGAUGCGGAGGAAAUGCCAACAGAUUCGCCAGCAAGGAUCAGUGCGAAUCGCUCUGUGUCAACCCGGCUUCUGAUGCCUCCAGUGCUAUCGGUAGGACAUAGUUAUGAGUUGGAAAUGUUCGGAAAUGCUAGGAGAGAUUAUCAGUUCUAUUUUUUGGAUUGUAUUAUUAGAGUUGUUGCAGUUGCAUAGUUACUUCACCAGUCACCCCUAAUAAUUCAGACGGACCAUCUGGAUCGAACUCGGUCUGCGAUGAGGCCAAGGACACCGGACCGUGCACGAACUUCGCCACCAAAUGGUACUACAACCAGACGGACGGCACUUGCAACCGCUUCCACUAUGGAGGAUGCCAGGGAACCAACAACCGAUUCGAGAACGAGCAGCAGUGCAAGGCCGCGUGCUCCAACCACAAGGACGCGUGCUCGCUGCCGAAGGUGACGGGACCAUGCUCCGGAAAGCACUCCUACUACUACUUCAACUCUGCCAACCAGCAGUGCGAGACCUUCGUCUACGGUAACCGUUUCGCUCCGUCCUUUCACUUUUAAUUGUGCUCUUUUCAGGAGGAUGCCUCGGAAACACGAACAGAUUCGCGACGAUCGAAGAAUGCCAGUCGCGUUGCCCACGUAAGUAGACCAUCCGCCCGCUUACCCGCAUCUACUUCCCCGCAUCUUUUAUUGUUUCCGAUUCUUUCCCCAUAUUCUCCUCUCCUCACUUCAGCCCUUUUGUGAAAUGAAUUGGGCGUGGCUUCCGAGCCGUUGACUGCCUUUAGUAUUUAUAAAAUUUUCCAAUUCUUCCCCUCCCCCAAUGUCCUUUUCUUUUUCCUUUUGCUCUACAAUUGUUUUCCGCUUUCCGAUUUUCCAUUUUUGAUAAUAAAUAAAGUUGAUAAUAAACUCGAUAGAUCCUAUGGAAUGCCCAAUGCAUGUGAAUGUUCCUUUGCAUGAAUGAAUCGCACGGAAUGAUGUUCUGAUAACUGUGAGUGGAGUGAUUAUAGAAGAACCCACCACGACUACAACCGAACUGCCGAAGCUGGCCCUUCUGGAAGAUGCUCUUGAACCGAAAGCCGCCUUCAAUCUCAGGUGAGACAAAGAACUUGCGUGUGAGAGAUCAAAUUUCGUGACGUGGACUAUAAAGAGCAGAAGGGGCUUCCUUCAAUAGUGUGUGAUUGUGAAGAGAUAUUAAGCCCCCGAAAGCAAUUGCAUGAUCCUAAUAAACCAUUCUCACAGGCAAUCGUUCGAACACAGCGUGCGCCGCGACGCUCCGUUCCCUCGGUCUGUCUCUGCCCGUCAUCACCGUGCUCCGACCGAACAAGAACGCGUUGACUGCUACGCCGUUCCGGAUCCAGGCACUUGCGCGUAAGAGCCCAUCUGAAAGAGCAUCCGAAGCAUGGGAGUGUAUUUCAGUGACUACCGUCUUGUCUGGCACUAUUCGGCUCAAUCGAACACUUGCCGUCAGUUCUACUACGGAGGAUGUGCUGGAAACACGAAUCGUUUCGAGGUCAGAGAGAAGUGCGAAACUUCGUGCGUCGCCAAGAUUGAAGAGAAGGUGGAGAGUGUGUCAGAAGCUUCCAAAUCUUUGGAAGAGGUCAGACUGACGGAUCCUCGAAUGGACUCUCAUGAUGGCUAUCAUGAUCCUGAAGUGGAAACACUCGAGGAGGAGAACGCUUACAUCGUGGUAGACACCCAGGCUCUGCCAGAACUGUGUAUGCUCGCGGAACAAAGAGGAACUUGCUAUGGCAACAUUCUCAGAUGGAGGUAGGAUCGGAACAUUUUAUUUAUGAAAGACUAACAAGUUCAGGUACAAUUCGGAGAAGUCGGAAUGCGUCUCAUUCAUGUAUUCUGGCUGCAACGCCAACGCGAACCACUUCACCAGCCAGGUUAG